AUGUUGGUGGAUGGACAGCUGUUGAAGACCAUGGAUCUUGCGGAUAAACUGGCCAAGUUGCACUUUGAUGAACCAACUGCUACAAUGGGGCAUCUGCCAUCGGAGACUCGAUUGGCUGAGUUUUCUAAGUGGAAGAAAGCGACACUCCUGAAAAGGGAGGCACUUGGAUUCCCUGUUGUAUGUCCAGAGGACGUGGAAAUGGAGUGA